AGGACUUCGAUUCAUCUUUAGUAAUUGCGCCCCAUCGCUCCCCGUGCCUCAUCCUCUUGAUUAUGAGUGGUUGCCCGAACAAUAAUUAUCUUCGUGUUCGAAGGUGUGAGAAGGGGCGCUUAGGCUUACCUCGCCUUCAUGAUUGCAACUCCUCCACGUAUCUUUAAUGACCACGAGGAUAAAAAUAACAAUAAGUUGUACAUUAACAUUUAAAGCACACACACGCUUAAGCUUACCUUGUGCUAACGAGACUGUAACUGACAAAAGCAAAACGUUUUGAAGAUACGAUGGCAGAUCCAGCAAGAGCAUCGUUGUCUCCACUCCGCCCUCUUCAGCGGGACAUCUCGCUGUCGAACCGGAAGACAGACUGCGCCAGCAAUUUCGUUCAGCAUGUUCCGCUCAUCUUGCUCCUCUCCUUGCUGCUCAUGUACAUCCUAUUGCUGCUAUUAGCCAGACUGAAUGUGGCGCAUACCCUAGCCUUCUACAUUCCCGCAGUAACAUUGGCUUGCUACAUGCUCUUGUGGAUGGCUUAUACGAGUAUUUAUGCGUGGUUUGCAACUGGUACACUGAUGCGGAAUUGUGACAAAUUAGAAAGAAAGUAUGAGAUGCAACAGGGUGAGGCUGCUGGUCAGGUGGAUGGAGUAGCUGGUGAUGGAGCAGGAGAGCUACCAAGUAUAGCGGGAGGUUCUCCAGCACAACUUAGAGUUAAGGCUGUACGAGGACCUAAUACAUCUUUCAAGAGCAUCCUUCAAACGUAAAUGGAGGUGGAGUAUCCACCACCUAAGGGAACAAAACCAAUUCCAAUACUUCCCGCCCAUAAGUAGAUACUUUUCAAGGAUCUAUCAUGCACUACUUGAAAGAUGAUGAAUUGCGGACAUCAGCUCGUCUAAUAGAGCAGCAUCAAAAAAUGGUGCUGAGGAGGAUCCUUCUCCUUGGUUGGGAGACGAUGAGGAGCUUCUACGUGAAUCCCAGUUCGUAGCACUUACCCCCGAAUUGGAACGGAUGGAGGACGAACUGACACAACAGGGUGUCCUGCACUUCGCUAUUAUUCCCAAUUACAAGGAGGACAAGGAAAUGAUGUCGGAGACAAUAGAUGCUCUAGCGGCUGCACGUGGAGGAGAGUAUGCAAAGGGUCACUUGGUCUUAGUCCUAGCUAUGGAGCAACGGGCUGGUGAGGAGGACAAUGAAAAGGCGAAGGAACUCGUGGAGCAGCACAAGGAACAAUUCGUGGACAUCAUCGUGAAUUUUCAUGCUCCAGGAGAGUUCAAGAACGAAGUGGCGGGGAAGAGCAGCAAUCAACAGAGUGCGUACUUGAAGAUUGAAAACGUUCUUUGUGGAGGAUCUUCCGGGAACAACAACUAUCCGCCACGGGCUUCUCGGGGUGAGGCUGUCACCAAUAGCGGAGGAUUUUUGUGGAGUCCCCAGCCGACUUCGGGUGAAAAGGGAGUUCGGUUUAUCCCAUUCGAGUUCGACGAAGAAGAUCAGCACAAAAUUGUCAAAGUUGACUACAACUCGUCUCAGCAGGGUCGUUUUCACUACGAUCCCAACCGCACGUUUAUCACGAUCCUCGACGCUGAUAGUAUCCUGCAUAGGGACUAUUUCCCAGAACUCGCACGCACCGCACUCGCUAUUUCUCCAAGGGAUCGUAGUUGGCGCGCAUUUCAGAGUGCGGUAUUUCCAUUCAGGAAUUUGAACAAAGUCCCAGGCCUAGUCCGAGCCAGUAGCUAUGCUCACUACAUUGUGGAGAUCGGAACAUGGUUCGACCCGUGCUUUCCGAAAAUGAUCCACUCUACCUAUUCGCUACCACUCGAGCUGGUGCGCAGAGUCGAAGGCUGGGAUGUGGACCUGAUCUGCGAGGACCAUCACAUGUUUUUGAAGUGCUUUUGCGAAAGCUUUUGGCUGGACGAAGGGGAAUGUGGUAAGAAUAAAAACAUCACUGCGACCAGUAGUACUGAUAAAACGUCGGGAGAACAAGAAGGAGGAGGAGCUGUACGAGAAGGAGAUGAAGAUCUUGGAGGUGUUGAAGAAGGUGCAGAACAAAAACCACUGCUGUCUCCAGCGUCAAACUCGCUGAACAUGAAGAGUAAAGACCCUUCAAUGGCAACUGCUUCUCAGGAUCAAGGAAAAACAGGCUCGUGUUGCGCAACCUCCCGAAUGCAGACAGUUUGCAUUGAUUUGCCAACUCUAGGUUACACCGUGGAAGCCGUUGAAGACACCCCCAAUGCGCAUAUCAACGCCCGAUUUGGUCAAGCCAUGCGGCAUUACUACUUCCUUACCGAGUGGUCCUACCUCAUGUUGCAACACAUGAAACUUGCCGGCAAUUGCAAGCUCUCCUUGGCUGGGCAUCUACAACUUUUUCGUUUAGAACUGUACAUUGUCACCAUGUUGAUUUUCACUCCGCUGUACGCUAUCGUCAUAUUGUUGGGGCUCAUCAACGUGCUAAUCUGCUUCGUAAGCUUGAGUGCUGCUUUUAUGAACCUUCCCGAGCAAGCAGGCGGUGGCUGGACCGCGUGGACAAUCUUGUUUGCUUUUUCACCGGGUUACCACUUCCCACAUCUAGACAGCAGUGCAAAAGGCCAAGCGGCUGCGGCGUUCAUUCUGCACAUGAUCAUACCCGUGAUCUUCCUGACCCCUAGUGCGAUUGUCACGGCAAAAGCGGUUUGUGCGACAUUGGAAGGGAAGUUUUGCCGAGUCUACCACUUAGCCGCGGACAACACGAAGGACGAAAAGAAGCAAGCCAAGAAAAAAGGUUCCUGUCCCAGGUGCGGUAAACGCGGGAUCUUUCGUGAACAGGAACAUGUAAGUCUAAAGCGAGAUGCAAUGAACAACGUAAUAGGCGAGACGAAGCUUUUCAUGGAUGACGAGGAUCGAUCCGGAAAUCUGCCGAAUAUUCUGGAGAAAGCAAACACAGCAGGCGAAGUCGCGGAAGUGGUCGUGGCAUCUAGGUUGUUAGAAAACACUAUCAGUACGCUGCACAAAGGUGGAGGAUCCAGCAAGGGUAGUUCACAUGCUUCAUCGAAGAAGAGCACUAGUGCAAGCGAUGACAAUCGACAACAGGCUUUGACGUCGAACGUACAACAGGUAGGAGCUGGGAUUGCUGCAACUACAUCUCCUGCUGAUCAGAACUACAGUACUAAAGGACAUGAUCAAGAGCAGCAAAGAGCGUUCUCAUCAUCUUCAUCAUCGUCAUCCUCCACAACGUUCCAACAGGUUCUUGAAGAAGUAGGUGACUCUGAGGAACUCAAGGAGACGUCCUCUUUAGUCCGGCAAAAAGAAGCUGAGGAGAAGAUCAGGAGCAGUGGACUCUUGUCAGAUCCCCUUCAUGGGAGUGCUACGCAACGGCUUCUGUCCGCUUCGCACACGAAUACUGAUGUUGAUACACUGCAAACAACUGCUUCGUCGUUGGGGCGCUCCUCUGGGGGAAAUAACCCUAUCAUGGUCGUCAACAACGAUCGGAUGAACACGUCGAACAUGAACACGUUGAUGAACACAAAGCUGGACAUGAGUACCUAUACUAUUCAAGAGCAGCAAGAACAACACGAAGCUUACUUCGCUCUCGUGAAAAAGCGCUCAUUGACUGAAUGGGGCAGGUUUCUGACUGGCCUGCGAGUCUUCAACGAUUUUCAGUCCCAAGGCAUAAACAACUGCGUAAUCUACGGCGUUAUUCCUUGUUUUUAUGUAUGUUUUCGACUGAGUUUUGUCGGACACGUGACCGAGUAUGUAGUGGCGGAAAAAGGCAGCAGGGCGAACACUCUUGACGAAACACCUCCACCAAAUAGGAAGAGUACUUAGUACCUCUUAGGCAGAUUGCCGAAUAGAUUCACAUCAUCAGGAUGAGUAGUAGAGGAGAAGGAGGAACAGGCUCAAGCAGUCACCGGGCAAGCUGAGUCUUCGUUGUAGAACUUCUCGAGUCUAUCCAAUUUAUUACCUAGUAAAACACGUUUGCGCAGGAGCUUAUCAUGAACAUGAACAGUAAUUGACGAACGUUGAAAAUUUGAACUGGGAUUGGGUAAGCGUCAACCUGACAGCAUGUAUAUAUAUAUAUAUCAUUGGACCAAUGGGCGACCCGACUAGAUUAUGAUCAAUUUCAGUAUAGAUGUACAUGUACACAAAAAAAGGUAAGCAAUACUAUCAUGUUGAACAAUGGGAAAACAAACUAUACCUAACCACGCCAAGGAAACUACAACUGAUCUUUCC